AUGCUUGGUGCCGGCGGAAUAAACCGGAUUGAAGGUUCCCCAAAGAUUCAAUUAAUAUUUAAUAUCAUGGCGGCCCUUGAAGAAAUUCGCAGCUUAGAUGAUUUAGUAGUUAAACACCUAGAAGCCUAUGAUUUCCCAGCACAAAAAGAAGAAACCAGAAAAUCACGCAUAGUUAAAGUAGGCAUAAUCCAACAUUCUAUUGCAUUGUCUACAGAUAAACCUAUUAUACAACAGAGGCAAGCUAUUUUUGAUAAAGUUAAAAAAAUAAUUAUUACUGCAGCCAAUGAAGAUGUUAACAUAAUAUGUUUACAAGAAGCAUGGAGUAUGCCUUUUGCUUUUUGCACAAGAGAAAAGCAACCGUGGUGUGAAUUUGCUGAGUCUGCUUCUGAUGGACCAAGUACAAACUUUUUAAAAGAGCUUGCUGCUGAAUUUAACAUGGUCAUUAUUUCACCAAUUUUAGAAAGAGAUGAAUGUCAUGGUGAUACAAUAUGGAACACAGCAGUAGUUAUAAAUGAAUUGGGAAAAGUCAUUGGAAAACACAGAAAGAAUCAUAUACCCAGGGUUGGAGAUUUUAAUGAAUCAACUUAUUAUUUUGAGGGCAAUACAGGCCAUCCUGUAUUUGUGACAAAAUAUGGUAAAAUAGGUAUAAAUAUUUGUUAUGGUAGACAUCAUCCUCUCAACUGGUUAAUGUUUGGGAUAAAUGGGGCCGAAAUUGUCUUUAACCCAUCUGCUACUGUAUCAGGACUGAGUGAACAUUUAUGGGCUGUUGAAGCUCGAAAUGCAGCUAUUGCAAACAGCUAUUUUACUUGUGCAAUAAAUAGAGUUGGGACGGAGAAAUUCCCGAAUGAAUUUACAUCUGGAGAUGGCAAACCUGCUCAUAAUGAAUUUGGGCACUUCUAUGGAUCUAGUUAUGUCACUGCACCUGAUGGUUGUAGAACCCCAGGUUUAUCAAGAAUUCAUGAUGGUCUACUCAUAGCACAGCUGGAUUUGAACCUUUGCCGUCAAAUAAAAGAUAAAUGGGGAUUUACAAUGACUCAAAGAUUAGAUCUAUAUUCUAACAGCUUAAAUAAAGCUGUCCAACCAAACUAUGAGUGUCAGAUAAUUAAG